GGUUGGUAGUAUUGACGCUAGGGUGACUACGCAUGCCUGCUUGGCGGCCUCCAUCUUUUUUGUAAAGUCAACGAGAAAGUAGAUGCGUGCCGAAACGCGUCUCAAGUAAAAUUAAGUGGUCCCUGUUUUAUUAAUCCCUAAAAAUGGGCGACCAUUACGCCUCUGGCGAUUACAGCGGCGGCGGAUAUUCCGCACAAUAUUCUGUACCUCCACCAAAUUUGUCUUCAGGUGACAAUAGUUAUGGCGCCGGACAGCAGGGAGGAUACAACCAAGGCAGUUAUGCUGCCCAGAAUCCAAGCCAAGAAUGGGGACAACAAGCCGCAGGUGGCAAUAGCUACGCCGGUGGACAAGCAGGAGGAAAUAACUAUGGACAAAGCUAUAACUCCGGUUAUGGAAGUAGCGCAAGUGGCAACGGUGGAGGAUAUGACCGCAACAAUGGCGGUGGUGGAGGUGGAUAUAAUGUGAGCGGCGGAGACCGCGGCGGCAGUGGUUAUGGCAGUGACCGAGGAAGCUCUGGAGGCUAUGGUGGCGGUGACCGUGGAGGAAGCGGUUACGGCGACCGGUCCAGUUACAAUCGGGACAGUGGAAGUAGAGAUGGAGGAUAUGGUGGCGGCGGCAGGGGGGGUGGUUUUAAUAAAGGUGGCGGCGGCGGCUUUGGAGAUCGUGGAGGAGGGGGUGGGGGUGAUAUGGUCACCCAGGAAGACACGAUUUUCAUUCAAGGGAUGGAUCCCGUUACUACUGAAGACGAAUUGUGCCGCCACUUUGGAUCAAUUGGCAUUAUUAAGACCGACAAGAAGACCCAGAGGCCCAAGGUCUGGAUGUACAAAGAUAAGGCUACCGGUCAGCCCAAAGGCGAAGCCACCGUAACGUACGAGGAUUCCAACGCCGCAUCUUCCGCUAUCGAAUGGUUCAACAACAAGGACUUCAACGGAGUCGUCAUCAAAGUGUCCCUCGCGCAACGACAGAACACCUGGGGCGGGGGAAGAGGCGGAGGCGGAGGUGGCGGCGGCGGCGGCGGCUUCCGCGGCGGCCGGGGCGGCGGCGGCGGCCGCGGCGGCGGCGGGCCCCGGGGCGGCGGCGGCGGCGGCGGCGGCCCGCCCUCCGGCAACCGCGAGGGCGACUGGCGCUGCCCCAACCCCAGCUGCGGCAACACCAACUUCUCGUGGCGUAAAGCUUGCAAUAGAUGUAACGAAGAGAAGCCCGGCGGCGGCGGCGGCGACGGCGGCCCGCACGGGGGCGGCGGGGGCGGCGGGCGCGGCGGCGGCGGGCGCGGGGGCGGCCGGGGCGGCGGCUGGGGCGGGCGCGGCGGGGAGCGCGGCGGCGACCGCGGCGGGGACCGUGGCGGCGACCGCGGCGGCGACCGGCGCGGGUACGGCGGCGGCGACCGCAACAGUGGCGGUGCUAUGCGAGGAGAUGGAGGAGGCCGAGAUCGCCAGAGACCGUAUUAAGAAUUAUUUGUUAAUAACCUAAGUUUAAAUUAGCCAUAAGUACUGUAUUCCUCUGACUGAUUCUCCUCUUAAAUGCAUAAGAAUAUCAACAAUGAUACAAUUUAAAUUAAAUGAACUCUAAUUUAAUCCUUUGAUUGUCAUUGACAUGCCGAUCAUAAAAAUAUGUGACUUCAUUUUUGAUGUUCUUUGUAUUUAAGCAUUAAUUAUUUUACUCCAUGAUGACCGUGUUUAUACUAUUUUAAUGAAAUUUUUUAAGUGGGUUAAAAUAAAUCCUUGCUUAUAUAGACUUCUUUAUAUCUAAUUUCAAUAUUGUCAACAAUGUGGUUAAUAGUUCAUAAAAAAUCCCGAGUGCACGGAUCCUUAUUGUCAUUAAUUUACUGAAUAACAUCUGCCGCACAGCCUAGAAAUUUUCAUAACUGGUAAAUCGUGUCAAAAGUCAAUCAAAUAGUAAAUAGCAAUGCAAUAACAUUAACAACAUUUGAAUAUAUCCAUGUGUAGAAUUUCAAUAACAUAGAAGAACUGGUAGUCUGUUAAUUCUUUAUAGCAUUACAAAAGGACCAAAAUUGGUGAAAACAUGAUGAGAAUAUGAGUGACACACCACUAUUUUGAAUGAUGUUUGCAAAAAAGAAAUACUUUAAUACUGUAGACUAAGUUUCGGUAUAAAAAUUAGGUAUGAAAUUGUGACAUUUAUUAAUUGCUAAAUAAAAUAAAAAAGACUCAAAA